GACCCCAGGGAACCCGCCCUCCUCCUGUGGUUGGAAGGGGGCUGCGAGGGGCGGGAAGAAGCUCUGUCGGGAGGGUUGGGCUCACACGGGGCUCUCUGUUCGGAUCCAGGUUGCCAGUCCCAGCGAGGGCCACCACACAUCCCUGAGCGUCCAUGCACUGAACGUGCUCACUGGCCUUCCUGCCACCGGCCUGGCCGUCCACCUCUCUCGGCUCCCAGCCCCCAACCAGGCCUGGAUGGAACUAAUGACCAGCGCAACCAGCACGGACGGCUGCAUGGACAGGAGCAAGUUGGCCUCCCUGCCGCUGGAAAAUGGCACCUACAAGCUGCACUUUGCCACCACAGAGUACUGGCAGCAACAGGGCCUCACCAGCUUCUACCCUUACGUGGAAGUGGUCUUCACCCUCACGGGGGCCGAAGAAAAGGUGCACAUCCCGCUGCUGCUCAGCCCCUAUUCCUACGUGACCUACCGGGGGAACUAGUGCGAGAGGCACGGCUUCCCUCCGGAGGGCUGCCCUGGGAUCCGGGACCGCCCCUGAGGCCAGCUGUGAGGCCGGCUCAGGCUGUCCUCUGAGGAAAGCCAAGACUAAUAAAGGAUCUACCUUGAAA